UACACUAUUACCAAAGGUAUUGGGCCCACCCUCCACAUCAUUGGAUUCAGGUGUGCCAAUCACCUCCAUAACCAUAGGCAUGCAAACUGCUUCUAUAAACAUUGGUGAAAGAAUGGGUCGCUCUCAGGAGCUCAGUGACUCCAAGCGUGGUACCGUGAUAGGUUGUCACCUGUGCAAUAAGUCCAUCCGUGACAUUUCCUGGCUACUAAAUAUUCCACGGUAAGCUGUUAGUGGGAUUAUAACAAAGUGGAAGCAACUGGGAACAACAGCAACUCAGCCACAAAGUGGUAGGCCACGUCACAUGACAGAGCGGGGUCAGUGCAGACGUCACCAACUGUCUGCAGAGUCAAUAG